UCUGUUCAAACAAAACAAAAAACGAACAGCGAACUCUCCGAUGUGGGUGCUGAAGUGGGUGUAGUGAAAGUCAAAAUAAGUUUAGUGCUAUUCUUGAUUAAGGAAUACACGAACAAAAAUCAGUAUCGAGUGAAAAGCGCGGCAGAAACUCUCUUUAAACCAUAGCUUUAAACGCUAUGGCCGCUAGUUAAACUAGGAAGUUGUCCAAAAUAUUCGAGAGUCCUUCAGUGCCGUCUGCUAAGCUUGGACGAUGAAGUUUCUUCAGCGCGCGCUGUCUGCUCGGUUUCAAGCGCUGGUCGGAACGUCAGCAUGGUCUCCCGUCCGAUUAUCAAGGCACUUGUCUAUGACCACCCCAACAGCCAACUCCUCCCAGUCGACGGUGUUUGAAGAGAACCGCAGCAAGUUCGAUGCUCUGGCCCAUCGGUGGUGGGAUCCCGAGGGGGAAUUCUCCACCCUUUCACGGAUGAACACGCUACGAGUCCCUUUGAUCAGGGACGGGCUGCUCCAGACCAGGCAGCCGGGAGAGAAGGUGCCAAAAUCCCUCGCAAAGCCGCUGGCGGGUCUAAGGAUUCUUGACGUUGGAUGCGGAGGCGGGUUACUGUCUGAGCCUCUUGCGAGGCUAGGUGCCACGGUCACUGGUAUCGAUCCCACGCCGGGAAGUAUUGAGGUUGCUAGAGCUCAUGCAGAGAGGGACCCCCAAGUUCGAGACUCCAUCGUCUACGAGGGCGUCGAAAUAGAAGAGCUCGUUCAGCGUUCCGUCAAGUUUGAUGCCGUGGUGGCUAGCGAAGUCGUCGAGCACGUCCAGAACUACAGAGAUUUUGUGAAGUCCUGCGUGACUCUGACAGAGGACGGCGGCUCGCUCUUCUUCACGACUAUCAAUCGCACGGUUCAGUCGUUUCUGAUCGCCAAGAUUGCAGCUGAAUACAUCUUUCGGCUUGUUCCCCCUGGUCUUCAUGACUGGAACAUGUUCCUGCCGCCGGAGCAGCUUGAAGAGGCGCUCGAGACAAAUGGCUGUCACGUCCGGCUGAUCCACGGCACCUUCUUCAACCCCCUGACUCAGACCUGGAGCUGGCUGAAGAGUACCGACCUCACUUACGCUCUUCACGCGGUCAAAUCUCCAGCGUGAGGGUUUCCUGCGAGGCUGUAAAUUAGGAUUUGGGAUAUUAAACACCUUGAUGGUGAUUCUGAAGUUAGCCCUUUGUC